AUGGAGCACUGGGACUCACUGGGACUUUUGAUUGUCACACUCAACUAUAAUGUGACUAUUGUAGGAAAAAUCUGGCUAAUGUUAAUAAUUCUGCUGCGAAUGGCAGUGGUAGUAUUAGCAGGCUAUCCCCUCUACCAAGAUGAGCAGGAACGCUUUGUCUGCAACACCCUGCAACCAGGAUGCUCCAACGUUUGCUAUGACUUGUUCUCUCCUGUAUCUCACUUUAGAUUCUGGCUCAUUCAGACUGUGUCUAUCCUCCUACCUUAUGCUGCAUUCAGCAUUUAUGUUUUGCACAAGGUAGCUCUGCACAUUGUAAAAAUGCAUUGUCUGGUGCAUGGAUGCAAAGGGAAUAAGGGUUUAUCAAGCCCCAAAGAUGUGAAGGUGCUCUGUAAAUGUGGUGUUGUCAAUAGAGUAGAUUUUGGUGCAGACAACCUAAGUAUCCUUAAUUUUUCUGGGGCAUAUACUGUUCAUCUUUUUUUUAGAACCCUACUUGAGGCUGCCUUUGCAGGUGUGCAGUAUUUCCUAUUUGGAUUUUUCGUCCCUGAGAGCUUUUCCUGCUACCAUUCACCUUGCACAAGCACAGUUGACUGUUAUAUCUCCCGGCCCACUGAGAAAUCCAUCAUGAUGAUUUUCAUCUGGGGGGUCAGCAGUCUAUCCUUUCUGCUUAGCCUUGCUGACCUUGUCUGUGCCCUCCGGAGAAUGACAGCAAGAAACCAAAAGAACAAGCUGCUGGCAAACCUCUGCAAAGAGAAGGAGUGCAUUUUAAAUUUUCCCCCAGUACAGCAUGGUAGCUCUUCUCUGCCUCAAAAUGAAGACUGCCCAAUAUCAAAUAACUGUCACACCAGUGAUGGCUCCUGCUCGCUUCUCUCUGAAGAAGAGGCUGUUCUUCAUCCUGAAGUUGUCCCCCAGCAAACUGCCAGCUCUAACCUUAACAGCAACAGCAAUAAGUGCUGUGGAUCAGGAGAUCUUGCUGUUAAUCAAGACAGCACUGAAGAACCCUUGUGUGCCAGUGAUCACCAAGGAACUUCAUGCAGGCAAGUGAGACACAGACUUCAGCAAGACUUCAUUAAAGAUACUGCCCCAGCUUUAAGACCUCAGAUCAGGUCUCACCUUGGAGUUUCUUCCUCUAUAAUUCAGAGCAAGCUUUUAGGAGUCUACCCUUCAGCUGAGCUAAAAAGCCCUGAUGCACAAUCAAAUUAUAGCAGUAGUAGUUGCUUGAGGUCAAAAAAGUCAGAAUGGGUAUAG